AGACCACACCCAGUGAAGACGCACUGUCAGGCAGCGCUGGCAAACCGGGAUGGCGGUGGACUGUUGAGCAUGUGCUCUUCCCUGCCAUAAAGCGUCACUUGCAGCCGCACGCGUCGUACAAUGACGACGGCACGUUGGUGGUGUUAGCUGAUCUGCCUGAGCUGUACAAAGUGUUUGAGCGCUGCUAG